UUGACGUUCAUAUUUCAGCUGCUAAGUAUAGAUGAUUCUAAUCUGUUCAAAAAUAAGACCUCCUUAGGCAUCAUUUCCUCAAAAUCGUUGGUCAUAAAAAUAUAACAUAAAUUUCCACCGCAAAAGUAGAAUUAAAAAAUCAAAACUCACGAAAAAGAACUACCUUACAUUACAGAAACACCUCUCGUUAACAUUUCUUCAAAUUGCUUAGAAACAUAGAAAAACUCUUAAUGUGGUCAAAAAUCAUCAACUUACUGCGACGAUCUCAGCAUCAUGUCGAAUCCGCCUCAAAUCGCCGGAACGAAACCAGACCGAGAGAAAAAGCUACCCCCUAAAGACCCCGCUUACGUACGUAGAGACCCAAAAGCCAGAUACAUCUUUAGCUAUGGCCGAGCUCUGGAACCAAAGUUGGCCUAUCCUUCACUGGCCGGAUACUACAGACCUUGGCGAUUCACCGACCAACGAUACAGCGGUGUAUCGAAAAUCUUCUACGCUCGUUCUCGCGAAUUCCGAAUCUCUUUGGAUAUCAGUCAAUUCGCUUACGAAGACGUAUCGGUCAAAGUGGCCGAUGGAUUUGUGGUGAUCAACGCACAUCACGACGUCAUCGAAGACCAGUUGGGUAAAGUUUGGCGUCGAUUUACUCGAAAGUAUAAACUACCACCGAACGUCAAAAGCAACAGUUUGCACGGAAAGUACAAGAAAGGAUUUCUGUUCUUGUGGGGCGAGAAGUCUUCAGCCGAUGUAGAGAAGAGCGACAUGGCCCGAGUCGACCAACAAAUUAAAACCGAUCGUAUCGUCAGAUUCAGUCCUCGUUUGCAGAAUAAACGUCGCCUUCUUCAUCAAUUAGCCGCAGUUCGCAAUGACGUAAAACUUUUAAAAGAUGCUCGUUUAGAUAAACACGCUGCAGCGCAAAAGUCCAAAGACAAAACUCAAAAUCAACAGAUUACCAUAACGAUAGCGUAUUCGCCGUCUUCGUCGCCCUCAUCGUCCAAGUAAUUCUUUACGUAAGACGUCGUGUUGUUGAUUUCCAACUUCCGAACGCCUCGAAGCUGAAAAAAAAAAUUGUCAAUUUUUUCACGACAUCGAUGCCGGCGACUUGUAAAUAGUAAAUAUAAACGUAAUUUGCCCUCCGAGCAUCAUCGGUUCUCGAAUCCUUUUCAUCGUGUUUACGUAAAUGAAAUUUUUUUCACGUUGGCAAUACCGAAAGAUUUGUUGAUAACCAUUUCCCAACCAGUGGUUCGUAGAUUUGGCGCCGUGUUCGUGAAAUUUGUACGAUUAAUCGAUCCUCAAGGUCGAUAUGAUAAUCUGCAUUUUGAAUAUAUACGUCACCGUACUUUA